GUCAACUGUCGGAAGUGCGGAAUUCGCCUGCGCGCCUACAAGCUGACGGAGUCAGAGAAGCAGCAGAUCAAGAACGAGAAGGAGACCGCCAUGAGCGAGUGCAUCAGGGCCAAGCAGGAGCAGGAGGACUUCGGGCUGGCCAUCGAGGUGCGGAACCAGGGACCCGGGCGCCCAGCGGCGCUGAUGCAGAAGUUUAAUUUCGUUCCAGAGAUGAUUCCGGGGAAGCCCCCGCCCGUGGGUCUGGGGAAACCUCCGCCCAGGCAGCUCGCGGCCCGCAAGAGUCCGCCGACUGCCAGGAAGCUCGACGGGGCGGGGCGCAGCCCCGAGUUCGAGGCACCCCCGAAGAACCAACAGGACAACAGGGCCGAUAUAGCCCAGUGGAUGCACGAGCAGCGCCGCGAGUUCGAGACCACGAGGACCCAGUUCGGAGAGCUGAUGGAGAUGCUGAGGGGCAAUCUGUCCGGAGCGACCAGCAGUCAGAGCCUCCCAGAGGUCGCGAUGGAGGCCGAGGAGAUCUUCGACGACGAGGAAUAG